AUGAAAAUCUCACCUGUCGCGGCGCUUCGCUUCGCUACAAGUGCGCAGGCGGCGGUGAGUGGCGCGCGGCUAGUGGCAGAGGGAACAGGUGUGGCGCGUAGUCUGGGGCCAACACGUAGCGAGGCGAACAGCACACACCAUACGAUCGCUUCCGAGCCUGGUCCAGCAGCGAGCACAGCGACCGCUCGUACAACUGCCACUGAUGUACCACCCAAUGCGCUG